CACAGCGCCCUGGACCGUAGCAUACACAGUUGAGGAGCUCUCUCGCUUCGCCCACUGAAGAAGGAUCGCCUCGCAUCUCGCCGCCGCGCAGCGCAGCGCAUCCCUAGGGUUUUCUGCCACCGCCGAUCUACCCGCGGCCAUGGAUGCCACUCUCAUGGGCGCCCCCUCUGUCGCGGCGGGGGACUCUCCCGCCUCCGGGGAGCACCGGAUGGGGACGACCAUCGUCGGCGUCUGCUACGACGGUGGCGUCGUCCUCGCCGCGGACUCCAGGACCAGCACCGGAAUGUAUGUGGCGAACCGUGCGUCGGACAAGAUUACUCAGCUGACAGACAACGUGUACGUCUGCCGCUCUGGUUCUGCUGCUGAUACACAAGUCAUUUCCGAUUAUGUACGUUAUUUUCUCCACCAACACACAAUUCAGCUUGGGCAACCAGCUACUGUGAAAGUUGCAGCCAACUUAAUUAGGUUGUUGGCUUAUCAGAACAAGAAUAUGUUGCAAGCUGGCAUGAUUGUUGGUGGAUGGGAUAAAUACGAGGGAGGCCAAAUUUUCUCAGUUCCCCUUGGUGGAACAAUUUUGAGGCAACCAUUUGCAAUUGGAGGUUCAGGUUCCAGUUACCUGUAUGGAUUGCUUGACCAUGAAUGGAAGGAGGGCAUGUCCCAGGAAGAAGCUGAGAAGUUUGUAGUUAAGGUAGUUUCCCUUGCUAUGGCCCGUGAUGGUGCCAGUGGAGGGGUAGUUCGUACAGUCACUAUAAAUGCAGAUGGUGUUUCAAGGAAAUUUCACCCUGGAGAUAAACUACCACUGUGGCAUGAAGAGCUGGAACCCCAGAACUCGUUGCUGGACAUUCUUGCGGCUGGGAACCCUGAUCCGAUGGUCCAGUGAAUCUGCUCCAGCCAUACACCUCUCAUUACCAUCUUUCUACUGUAUGUGACUUGCACUAGAUUUUUAGUGAACUACUGGGUUUCCGUAUUAUGUUCAUCAGGGCACCAUUAUCAAGUGCAAGAUGUGUCAUUUUCCAUAUGUAAUUUCUUUUUAUCAAGGAAAUUGAAAAAUAUUAUUUAGACUUU